CCAAAGAGAAGGGAUGGCCAGAAUUAACUAUUUCUUGGGUAUAAGUGGACACGCACCUAUAAAAUAAUUUGCAUUCGUGGGUGAGACAACAUAGUAUAACCAAUUUUUUUUUAUAAUUUAUUGAUAGCCAAUAAAAAUGGAAUUAAUCAAUUGUAUACCGCUGCUCCUCCUGGUGGCAUCAGCGCUGGCUCAGUACGAGGGUUACAGCCUGGACGGCUACGAAGGGUACCACAAGCCCAUCCACCACCAGGCGUCCGUGGAACAACACAGCGAGGAAUACGAUUUGGACUAUCACGCGCAUCCAAAAUACUCUUUCGACUACUCCGUCAAGGACCCUCACACUGGCGAUGACAAGGAACAUUGGGAGACCAGAGACGGUGACAAAGUUAAAGGCACAUACACCCUAGUUGAGACUGACGGAACAAAACGCGUGGUCGAAUACGAAGCCGACGACAAGAAUGGCUUCAACGCUGUCGUCCACAAAAUCGGCACACCCAAGGAGGAACACGAGGAAUACAAAGUGGCAAAACCUGUAUACGAGGAAUACAAAGUGGCAAGACCAGUUUACCAGGAAUACAAAGUGGCCAAACCAGUAUACGAGACUUACCAACACGAGUAUCAGGGAGAUGACGGAUUCGUACCAAUUGUCGGUAACUACGAACACUGAUUCGGAUAACUAUUUUCUGGUAAUUUGGUUGUAUACAAAACUAAUAAAAUAAUAUAAAACAAAGGCUGAUAUUCCGGGAUAAAGUAGAGCAAAACAGAUUUAACGAUAUUGGAGUAAAAAUGCGUGCGUAGGUACUCCAAGCUUUUAUAGUUUUACGUACGCCUUUGUUGAUUAUUUUGUUUUGCAUAUUUCAUAGUAUUUCAUAAUGUUUGUGUCUCAGGAUUUG